AGCGUCCACGUCGUGUCUGCUCCUCUCAGGCUUCCCAAAAGCGGGGCGCCGGGUACCGGGUGCGGGUCCCGUCCCUGCCCCUCGACCCCUCCCCUUUCGCUGCCUCGUGCCUCCCGACACCCCUCAGAGAACCCUGACGAGACCCGCAACGCGGGGAGGGGGAUCGCGCGGCCCAGCCGCCGCUCGCCCCGACGCUCCUAUCAACACAACCAAACCCCCGCCCCGGGACUCCCGACAGGGCAGCGGGGCCGUGUGGGGACGGAACACGACGGCCGCAGCAGCCGGCCCCAGCAGCCGACUCCUCAGGGAAGACGCACAGCGCCGGCGCCUCCAACCGCCGCCUCAACCCGCUUCCCUCAGCGAAACGACUACUGCACAUGCGCUCCGCAGCACCGCCCGAUCGACGGCAGGAUGAGCCAGUGGAGUGAGAGGGGCGUCUUUGCCGCCGGCCAAUGGCUGGGCGGCUUGGCGGGGCGGGCGGCGGUGUGGGAGCGGAGCGGAGCGGCGGGCAUGUGGCGGGCGUUGUCGGCGGGGUGCCGGCUGUUGUGGCCCUUCUCCGCCGCGGCGGGGGACGCCCUCUGGUCGCGGCUGCUCCCUCCCGGGGCGUCCCGUGGGGGCUGCGUAGCGGCGCGGGGCGCGGCAGGCGGCGGAGCCGGGGCGCUGGGGGCGGUGGCGGAGCGGCGCCGGGCGGCAGAUACUGUUCUUCCAAAGUUCAACAUUGACCUUGUUGUAGCUCUGCUGAGGCAAGAAAAUGCUAAAGACAUCUGUGUCAUCCAGCUACCUCCAGAAAUGAGAUACUGUAAUUAUUUUAUAGUUGUGAGCGGAUCUUCAACACGACAUCUCCAUGCAAUGGCGCAUUACAUGCUGAAAAUGUACAAGCAUCACAAAGAAGAAAGUGAUCCUCAUACUCAGAUUGAAGGAAAAGAGACAGAUGACUGGCUGUGCAUUGAUUUUGGUGGCAUAGUGAUGCAUUUCAUGCUGCCAGAGACACGAGAGACUUAUGAAUUGGAGAAGCUAUGGACCCUCGGUUCCUAUGAUGACCAGUUAGCACAGAUCACUCCACAGUCACUGCCAGAAGACUUUAUAUUUGGACUGAGUCCUAACAGCAGUGAUCAUCUUGAGACAACUUAAUGCAGCUGCUGAGUGGAAAAAGAAAUGAGUGAGCCUUCACAGAUCUGAGACACAGAGUCUUGAUUACUGACUUAGCAGUCACUGCAGUACAAAAGAAUAUAUUUAUUGGAUAUGCCUAGGUUAAGUUCUGACCAAGCUACAAAAAUGAUCAGAAUUAUAGGAUCUUUUAGGUUGGAAAAGACCCUUAAGAUCAAGUCUGACAUUUUACAGUUAAAGGAGGAGUCCUAUCAUAAGGGAACUUUCUGGGGGACUCACUGUCUCAAUGAAGUUUGCAGUGAGAAGAGUGGGGCAAAGACAGCUGCUUAAGCUACUUACCCUAAAAUUCAUGUUCUGCCUCUACAGUAAUUGUUUUUUGUAGUAUCUUUGAAAGACCUGCCUGUAGUGGCAGUGCAAAAAAGGCUUGAAUGCUGCAAGGAAAAACUAUGUGAAAUAGUACAGUUUAGAUGAGGCUUCUUGUAUUAAGCCAUUUGUUUCUGGUCACAAUGAAGCAAGUCAUGUUCUAGUUGAAGGAGGAAAUAGGUUGGUGUUACUGAGCACGUAAAAGCCAAGAGUAGCAGUGACAAAUGUGUCUUGAGUUAAGUCAGUUUUUCAGCCAAGGUCAAUCUGUUUUUAAUAAUAAUAAAAAAAUCCAAAACUUGAGGAGCUUAAAUUCCUUGUCUUAAUGUUAAAACAUUCAGCUCAUUCUAAGUGUGCAGCGGGCCCCUCUCCUAGUUUACCUCUCACCUAGUUUCUGGAAAAGGACACUGAGGCAACGCGCUGUGGCAGUGCAAACCUUCAGCUCCUUUGAAGUGGGUGAAAGUAGUUCUAGAGGAAGCCCUUGGUCAUUGAGGAUUGCUUGCUGCUACUGGACUGUUCAGCACUUUUGUAAGUCAUUCCACAGUGUGUUCUUAGUCUGACUGCUGCAUGGUCUAAUAAUGAGUUAGAAGAGCUUCAAGAUAGUAACAGAACUUGUCUGUGUAAACCAAGAUGCUUUUCUCCACUACAGGACAGGGCUUUCAUCAUUAGAUUAGGAUCUCUUCCUUCUGGAGAAGCUUGCUCUGCCAUGCAUCAUGAACACUGAGAACAAUCACCUUUUACCCCUGUAGCCCCACAAACUACUUGAAGUUCUGUCUGCACCUCUUUCCUGCACAGCAGCUGCUGUUCAUAAUAUCAGAGAACAUGACCUUGGGUUUUGGUUGUGUGGGUGUUUGUUACAAAAAAAACAAAAACAAAAACACCUUUUCCCUCAUUUCAACCCGGUCAUGUUUUCUUGCUGUGUCUAGCCUCUCUUUUGCCAGGAAGAGAGUCCUCAGUCACCUGCUCUUUGAUACAAGGCAGCAGAUAGCUCUGCAAAUUAAGCAAGGAGCAUUUGUUAAAUGUAGUUAAACUAUGCAGAUAAAGCAGCUUUGCCCACAAAAUAAAGGUAGUGAUGGUAAAUCUGCAAAGAAAGAUUUUUAGAAUGUUUCAUGAUAACCUGGCAAUAAGUAAUGUGCAUGGGGGAAGAUAACCUUGGCUGUCGUACAGAGUGAUAGGCUCUAAAUCAGGCCUUUCUUCCUAGGAGGGACAUGGUAUAACUUUGAAUCGUUCCCUGAAACCAUUUGCCUUUUGCUGCUGCAGAAAAGUAACACUAGAUGAAUAGAGGCAGAUUCAGCAAAUAUUACUAAAUGUGGGUUCAUAUAAUGGCGUAGCCGGAACUGCAUAUAGUAUUCUGUCUCAAAGAGCACAGUAACAAAAGGAGCACCCAGAAAAGAACACUGAGAGAUAGGGAACAGCUUCCACCUGAACAGACUCUUACCUCUUUCCAGCUGUAACAGUCUGUAAGAUGAGACAAAAAAAAGGUCAAAUGAACUGAGGAGACAAAACCCAGUAAAAUAAAUGAAAACAGUAUAACUGAAUUUACUGUGAAAGCACAUUGUGAAAAGGAGUUAUAUGGAACAUCCACUGGUUGCUACUUAAAUAAUCAGAACUGCCAGCCCAGGAAAAGAUCUUCAUCCCCCAUUUAACAGAAGCAGUCAUAAUCUCUGCCAAACUACCAUGAUGCCCUGGCCAGGUUACCUGCCCAACUUGGUGAGCCUUUGGCCUGACCCUCUUGAAAGCUGAGACCUAGGAAUUAGCACAGGCAGUCCGAUCAGUAUUCUGCAAUGUUAAACCCCUUUUGGAAGGAAAACAUUUGGGAAUUGUUUCAGUCCUACCAAUCAGGUGAUUUCUGUGUGAAAUAAGUACUGAGCAUCUUGUCCAGUGAGUCAACAGAUCUGUACAGAGGUAUGUGCAGGUUUGACUCUGUCCAGGGUCUCUUGAUGAUGGGAUGAACAGGAGAAAGUUGUCAAGGUAAAACUUUGGUCAUCAUUUCACCGAUUUCCUGCACUGCAUUUGAGUAACUUCAUUAUGAAGCAGUGUUUGCAUUCAUCAGUUGAGCUAACAUCUGUGUUGCAGCCCGCUUGAGUGCUUACUCCACAAUUUUUCAUGUUAAUCUAAAAAUCCUAUGCCCUAGUACCAUGUCAAAAUCACACUGUCCUGCACAGCAUACAUGCUUCAUUUAAUGGAAACUAAUACAAAGAGCGCAUGCCUUUGAAGUUGCAGCUUAGGAAUAAAAGCUGUGGAAGGUUAGAAGCAAAUAAAAGCAUCAUGAUUAAGCAAAUGCUUAGAACAGUCAGGGCUUUAGCUGUCACAAAAUGCACCAGCGAUACAGAGGAAGGCUUAAUAUCUUACAUUGCUCAAAUGGCAGGGAUGCUAGGUCCAAGAAGAUAGGCUCAAUAUUGGCAUGAAAAAUGAGCUUAGAGUUCCCUGUGAAACGCAAUACCCUAUGCAGUGUCUUCUACAGACAUCAUUUCUUCAAUUCCCUCUUUCUGGUGGUUGGUCCCAGUAAAUGAGCUGUGAAGACAAGUGGGAGGGUACGAGAGUCUGGAAAAUAGGUUUGGUUUUCCAGCCCCCUUUAAAAGAUACAGAAUUUUACUAUUCAUGACGCUUCUUCAUUUCCCAAUCCUUCCCUCACUCUAAAGCAUUCAGUUAAACAUCUAGUCUCAUUUCUAUUCCAAAUAAUGUUAACAAGGAUCUAGAUGGAGAGGCAAUACCACCUCACUGGCAAGUGGUGUGCACCUGGGUAGCAAUAGUAGCAGUGAGAUACAGGUUGCCGUCACAUUUGCUUGCUAGUGUGGCUGGUUCUGCCUAUCCAAGCUUCUAGGGCCACACUCAUUACACCGCUUCAUCACCCUGACAGCACGGAAGUAACAACUAGGUAAAAAGCAGCCAAAAAAAAAGGUUGAAUGGGAAUGCAGAUCUUGCUUCAAACCUGUUAAAGAUUCCUUCACGUUUGCCCUGGGUGAGGACUGUUGAAUACACGUCCUUUCCACAGCAAACCAGCCUAAAUGAUCUGCAUAAGACUGAAACCAUGAACUAGAGGUUGUCCUACAGACUGGAGAGCAUUGUUGUAGGAGGCAGAUGAAUUAUAAGCCACAGAAGUCACUGCUUGUAGCGCAAACAUUGUAACCUGGCUGCUGGAUGGCCUAGCAGCUAUGGAAUACCUGUGGGUGACUGUUCGUCCUUAUCCAGUUAUUAUGGACAGAAAACCAACUUGAUCAAAGCAGCACAAAUACUUAGAACAGUCUGUGUGCCUCAUUAGUUUAAAAAAACACCACACAACUUUAUCUGAUGAUAGGAGUUAAACUCUUUAUUCCAUUCAGAGGCAUCUGGCAAGUGGAGCUGCAUUGGGGGGCACAUUACAGAUGAAAAAUGAUCCAUACUUUGUGGAUACUGAAAUCAUUUACAGUAUUUACUUUCUAGCUAUUCCCAAAUACUCCAAAUUACCAAGUCUCAAUUGAAAAGAAAAACAUGAUUUACCAUACUAAGUCUAGAAAUUUAAGAGAGAUGACAGUAUUAAAUCAGCAGAUGUAAAUGCAGCGCCUAUUUGUAACUUAAAUUUUAUGGAAAAUAAUGAAGUCAAAUCCUUCUCAAAUGUUAAGAAAGGAACGUCAGACUGACUUAAGCCUCGACAAAAAUCAAAAUGCUAUGACUUUUCAUACUUCAGUAAUUUUAAAUUCAUUGUAAGAAAAAAAUUAUGCUAAAGGCUAGAUGAAGGUCACUGUCAAAAAAGGAAAAGAAACUCAUUUUUCUUUGCUAAAACUACAACAUAAGUUUGUGGUUUUUAAACCAAUUAGUAAAGAAAAGAUGCAGGAAAAACACUUCAGACCAUUUUCAAAAUUAUCUAAUCUGUACAACAAUGAUCUUUGGGAAAAUUAUCUAGUCUAUGUAGUAAUGCCUCUAUUUCAACAUGAACCUAAGAGGUAGAUAACAAAAUGAUGAAACAAAUGUUUUUGCUCGUUGUGCCCCACAAAUCAGUGCAGCAUGGUGAUUCUGAUCAUCUCAUGCACAAAAAACAUCACAAAAAAAGGUUCAGAGGUAAUAGCAUGGCUCUGUCGACCACACACAUACAGGCGCGCACGCGCACACACACACACACAGCAGUCUUUAUGCACCAUGUGUUGCCACAUUUUUUUUUUCUUAAACUGAGGUAGACUGAAGUUUAUUGUAGAAACUUGAAUGUGUCACUAUUACCACAAUCAUCAUUCAAAUUACAUUCGGAAAUUAAAAAAAUUUGGUAACUUUCCUGUUAUCCCUGCCUUUUGACAUUUUUUUUUCUUCUCUAAUGGUUGGUUGCAGAACGUGCAUAAAUCCUGCUGCAUCUAUUAUAAGCCAGGCUAGAGAGGUUGUUGGUUUCUUUUUUUUUCUCCUUGUAAUAGUUUUUUAAACCUUCAAAGUGGCUUAGUGUGGCCCAUAACAGCGGCUGGAUAUGUAAACUUAGCCUUUCAUUAUCUUUCAAUGUGAUCAAACACUGUUUGACCUUCCCCCAUCGUGGUAACUGAAAGCAGUAUGAUGUGAUCUGCGGACAGCAGAGACCCCCAUGGCCUCAAAUACACUCUAGCAGAUCAAGUGUUCUAUCAAACUGAAGAUGAAGCUUGCUCUUUGAACAAAAUGGCAAAGUCCAAAUGGGCUGCAAAUGGUUAAAUGUAGCAUUAUUAGGUAGUGAUGGUCAAAGGCACAAAGGGUUCAUGCAUUCAAUCAAGUAGCACAAAAAAAAAUUCAGCCUCUUGCAGCCUUCUAAAUUUUUCCCCCAACCCCAGCCUCUUGCCAUCACUUCCUUGUCCUGUUCCCAAAAAAGUACCGUCACAAACUUUUUCAUCCCAUCUUAAAAGAAAACUAAACGGCAUUGCUGCUAUCAGAAUGUUGGCAUCAUUCACUAUCUUUUGAACAUUCACUGAAUUUUUUUUU